CCCUUCAAUUGCCUCGCCAUAGAUUCUCCAUUGAAGGCUCCAGCAAGCUCCCAGCUGGCUGGUUGGUCCAUCUCCAUCUCCUGCCACUAUCCAGAGCUUACGCAGUUUUAACUUUUACGCGUUCCCAAGAAAUAGCACGAGUUAUGGCCUGGCUGGAACUUAGUUGUGCUCCACUCCUUUCCCUUUACUCCCUCCCCUCUUCUUCCUUCUACUUCUGCAGAACAGAGCUCCUAUAUAUACCGCAGCCCGCCAUUCCAAUUUCCUCCACAACCCUCUCCAAGAUCCCCUUUUGGCCCUUUUAAGCUCUGCUCAUUCCCACAUCUUCGAGAUUGUAACAGUAAUUAACUACAAUGGCGAUUCCCUCGACACAUUUCCUUCCUCACAUCCUCAUCCUCUGCACUCUGCUUCAUUGGGGCUCCUCUGCCGCCAGAACCCUUAAUCCCGCCGACCAAUCCGCCGACGGUGGCGAAAAUUCGGCGUUUCAGUACCACAACGGCGCUCUCCUCACCGGGAAAAUCUCCGUCAAUCUAAUCUGGUACGGCAAAUUCAAGCCCUCCCAGCGCGCCAUCGUCUCCGAUUUCGUCGCUUCCCUCUCCUCCCCUGCAUCCAAGCAGCAGCCUACCGUCGGGAGCUGGUGGAAAUCCACUGAGAAAUACUACCACCUCAUCAAAUCCUCCAACAAACACUCUCUCUCGCUGUCUUUGAGCAACCAGAUCCUCGACGAGGGUUACUCGAUGGGGAAAUCCCUCUCCUCCAAGCAAAUCGUGCAAUUGGCGUCGAAGGGCGCCCAAUCCAACGCCGUCAACGUCGUCCUGACUUCCUCCGACGUCGCCGUGGAAGGGUUCUGCUCCAGCAAGUGCGGUACCCACGGAUCUUCUUUGAGCACUGCCGCUGCUCGCAAAAUCAAUGGCGGUAAAAAGGUGUCGAAGUUUGCUUACAUAUGGGUCGGGAAUUCGGAGAAGCAGUGUCCAGGGCAAUGCGCGUGGCCGUUCCACCAGCCCAUCUACGGCCCGCAGUCCCUUCCUCUGGUUUCCCCGAACAACGACGUCGGAAUGGACGGGAUCGUCAUCAAUCUGGCUAGUUUGUUGGCUGGAACCGCGACGAAUCCGUUUGGGAAUGGGUACUUCCAGGGACCUAAAGAGGCGCCAUUGGAGGCUGCAUCGGCUUGUACUGGUGUUUAUGGAAAGGGAGCUUACCCUGGCUACGCUGGGGAGCUCUUGCUGGAUUCCACCACUGGGGCGAGCUACAAUGCCAAUGGAGUGAACGGCAGGAAGUACUUGCUCCCUGCUCUGUUUGACCCUGCUUCCUCGGCUUGUUCUACUCUCGUCUGAUUGUAAUUGUAUUAGCAAGUUUUGAGAGAUUAAUUCAUUCUUUGAUUCAUUGUAAGAGAUAAAGAUCAUGUAUAAUGAUAACAUAUCACGAACGAUUAUAGAAAACAUUUGUCGUCAUUGUGGGGUGAUGAUCUGUGGCUCUGUACUCUGUAGUUUUCAUGUUCCUAUACUUCUUGCUCUUGGCUUCUUGCUGAUAUUAUAUACUGGGAUGCAAGUCCUGGUGUAGAGCCAGUAGAGCAUAAAGCUACUACCAUAAAGAAAAUAGCCAGAGGUGGGUCGAGGUGGGGUGAAAAACUGAAAAUCAUAUAUCCUUCGACGCCAUUUUUAUACGAUGAUAUGAUUUUUCUAUGAUUUGAUUUCUGGGAAAUUUUACAAUGCUAUAUAGCAUUGGUGCUAUAGGUUUUUGCCAUUAUGGUAUAACUUCAGCUUGUACCUUUUAACGUUAUGGUAUAACUUCAGCUUGUACCUAUACUAUUUUACAAAUUCUUUUAUGUUACAACUUGAACUUGUACCUUUAUGUGAUGGUACAACUUAAAGUUGUGAAGUUAUACCAUAACAUAAGGGUACAAAUUCCUUUAUGGUACCACCCAAACUUAUACAUUUUACGUUAUGGUAUAACUUUAAGUUGUACAUCAAAGCACCCAUGCUUUAUAGCAUAGUAGAAGUGCUCUUGAUUUCUUGGUCGUAGAAGAGGCUUUAAAUUUCUUUGGUCGGUAUUGACAGUAGUUUUUUCAUCUCAUCAUAGUUGUUGUAAAUGUUAGGAACCACACUAUGAUGAGAUGAAAAAAACAUGUUUUGUAAGCUAGUAGUUUCUUUGGUCGGUCUUGAUAGUAAUUUGGAACCACACUAGGAAAGACUUUAAAGAUAUACAACAGCUGAAUUGAAGAAUGCACAAUGCCCCUUUUGAUUGGCAGCUUCCAACGAGGUGAAUCAUUCACAUUUCAUUUUUCCCAAUAUCUAAAUAUUGUCUAUUUUUUGUGUCAAAAUUUGAACAGUGUGUUUGUUUGUAUACAGUAUUUGAAUCAACUCCAAUACAACAUUGAAUAUUUUUUUUUGUACAUAUUGGCCGAACGUGUCAUCCAUCAGGAUACCUAUGAAUAGAAAUGCUAGUUUGGUUUUGAUUCGGUUAACAAAAUCGUUAAGUUGGAAAAAUCGAAAAAUGAAACGAUUAACUCCAAAAAUAGAAAUCAGCACGUCAACCCUUUCAUCGAUUUUGGUUCGGUAUGAACAAACUGAAAACAAAUCAGUUUACCAUCUAGUAUGCAAUUGAGAAGACAACUCAAACUCUCCUGUAAAUGUAAAGGGAAUUUCUGAGAUUUCCAUUAAACUGUAUUGGUCUUU